AUGAGUUGUUGUGGGCCAGGCAAGAAGAAAAAUGGGCCAACUAAAGUAGACAAGAAGCUUGUGAAGCGGCUUACACCUUUAGAACGGAAAUUAUAUGUCAUUGAACAACGCCUUCCUAAUGAACCGCCUCUUACUGCCUCGAGGGCUGAUAGAGAUGUUUACAAGAAGGAUCUCGAUGAUAUGGUAGACGUUGGAUGUCUUAUGCUUGCCACUAUGAAACCUGAGCUUCAAAAGCAAUACGAGGACAUGGUUGCUUAUGAUAUGAUCGAGCACCUGAAAGAACUUUAUCAGGGGCAAGCACGAAAAGAGAGGUUCAAUGCCUCUAAGGCCCUUUUCCAAUUUAAACUAGUAGAAGGAAGCCCAGUAGGACCUCAUGUUCUUAAGAUGAUAGGCUAUAUUGAAAGCCUAUAUAAACUUGGAUUGCCACUGAGCCAAGAGUUGGCCACUGAUGUUAUUCUACAAUCGUUGCUUGAUAGCUAUAGCCAAUUUUUCCUCAAUUUCAAUAUGAAUGAAAUUGACAAGUGA